AAUGUCGUUAUAGUUGUCAAUUCUCAAUCAAUCAAAAGCAAAAGUACAACACCGUAUUACGUAUUUACGUAAAAAUGUUUUAAUUUCAAUCCGUAAUGAUUUGGAGUCGAAGUCCAUUAUCGCAUUAUCACUUGGUAUAAUGAAGCAAUAGAUAACGGGCAGUUAUAAAAUGGAGAGCGUUACAAAUUUUUCUGUAUCGCUUAUAAAAGGUUUCAUAGACAGCUUACGUGGAGUGACUGUGCUUUUAUACCUUGACAAAGAAAUAAAUGAGCGAGCCUUGAGCAGAUCACCACAAAUAGACUCCGAAAACAACAAAAACAAACUAAAGCAAACAAAAAUUAAACAGGAAUCCAAAGUACUUACAAGGGUAUUACAAUCAUGUAUUCUCAAUGGAUUUAUAUUUUUACUGAGUAUACUUGUGUUUGAAUAUGCCUUAUUACCCGCGGUGAGGUACUUAGUGUUGGCUGUAUUCGGCCAUGAUCCCGGAGUAGCGCACAACGUCUGGGGCUGGAUGCAGCCCUUCCUUUCCAUGACGUUUAGAAUGAUAUGGGUGCUACCGUUGUUUCUUCUAAGCAAGCUAGUGAAUGCCCUUUGGUUUCAAGACAUAGCAGAUUCAGCAUACAGACACCGGAGGGGGAGACCGCAGUUCAUGUCCAGUGUCAGUAAGAUUAUAGCUGACUCACUGUUCAGUCUGCUCGUACAAGCUCUGUUUCUAGUUCAGAGUAUGCUAGUCAGUAUGUUACCGAUAACAUAUAUCGGUGAGCUUCUCUGCUUAGUGCAUAUGUGUUUACUCUACUCUUUAUAUUCAUUUGAAUACAAAUGGUUCAACAUGGGCUGGGAGUUGCACAAACGUUUGACUUUCAUUGAAACCAAUUGGCCGUACUUCCUAGGAUUUGGUUUGCCGUUAGCAAUUCUCACGCAGAUCCCACACUCGUAUAUUAUUAGUGGUUGUGUUUUCUCCAUAUUCUUUCCUGUGUUCAUUUUGAGCGGUAACGAAGCUACACCCGUCAUAGGAAGUGAAUAUCCUCUGAGACUGUUCUCUCCAGUCGUCGCGAUAUCCAAUGGUAUGUUCCGCUUUGUGAGGAACACUGCGGAAGUAGAACGGACUGUGGUCGAUAGAAACAGCUGAUACAGUGGCAGUUUUAAUGCAGGGAGGAAAGGGGACAUCCACUGAUCUCUAUAUAUGGAUAGGCGAUUACUUAGAAAUUACAAUUUUUUUUUUGUUCCAGUUUAAACGCGUCUCAUGAUGUUACGUGAUAAUAACUUCUACCUAUAUUAUUAGUUCUAAUCCACACCACAGCUACAAACCGCUACCAUCAGCGCCAAAAUGGCGGAAAUCAAAUAGGCAAAAAAUAAUACGUCGUAAAGCCAGUCCAUAUAUAGAGGUCAGUGGGGACAUCACAGACAACAAUUAGUAACCGUGGUUACUAUCGGUAGCUUUGUAACAAUCAAUAAAAUAAACAUUUCUCAGUAUGUAUUUUGUAUAAAACUGUACAGUAGUGUAUGAAUUGGGAAGAUAAACUGAAAGCUCUAAGUAGGUGCUAGUAAGAGUGGACUGUCAUCAUCAUCUGUCAAACUUUGUAUACGUCAUUCUACUAAUUUAAAAAAAUAUAUUCCUUU